UUCGAAAUAAUGACGUAUUUGCAAACUUCCUAAAAACUUCGUCAUCAGCAAAACAGAGAUGUGUAUAAAUUCACCACUGGAAUUCGCCAAAUGACAGUUUUAUUGUAUCCAUUCAAUCCAAUCCAACAGAAUUCCCAUGAUUCUAAAACUAUUAUUGUCUGCAGUGAUCUGCACUGCAGUUUACGCUGAUAUUCUAAGUGCCAACGAUGCGAAGACGUGCGAAGAGCUUUGCAGCAGCUGUCAGGGAACAGCAUCCAUCAUCGACGGCUACUGUGAGUGCUAUGUUCCUGAUGGAAAUACAAAAGGUGAUUGUGUAAUGAGGAUAAAGAGACAGGCUGACGAACUGGGACUGGAUUUAAUGGACUGUGAGCCAGCUAGUGGAGACAGACCUGCCAGAUGCAAUUUGAGGUCGCACAUGGUCCGAACAAAUGAUGUUGAUCGCGUCGCCAGAUACUUCAUGAGAGGUGGUGCCAUAGCAGGACAUCCUAUCCUUGGUUCACCACAGUGCGAUACUGAUAACGUGGUAGGUGCGCCGAAUCCUCAAAUUCAGAAACAACCAGAAACACCAAGAUUAGAAAUGAUGGUUGGUGCCCCCAGCCCAUGCCAGUCUUCAGAACCCCAGCUAUCUUCCUCUCCAAGUUACGAAGCUUAUUACCAAAUGCCGGACAGCAUCGUCGGCGCACCAAUGCUCUCCACACCUUACAAUAACAUGCCACAUUUGUUAUACAAGCCUUCCCGAGUCGCUCCAUUUCUCCAACGCUCUGUAGUUUUACCACACUUGUCUGCAGGUGCGCAGCUGAGACUCAAUCCCUAUUACUCUCGCUUCCACUAUCCCCUUCUUUCUCAUCUUCGUCACCCUCUUCUACGAGCUCCAUACUUGGGGGACUCAGCCGUAAAUAUCGUGGGUGCUGUACCUGAAAAUUAUGCCUCCCCAGACCAAAUGCUGGCGGAAAGACCGGAAACACUGGCAGCUGCACCACCUAUCGUUCAGCCAGGAUAUGUUCACUCCUCUACACCUAGGGUGGAAGUUCCUAUGUCCAAUGACAUGACAAUGUUUCUCCAUGAGAUACUGAUGCACCAGAAUGCAAUUCUCGAGGCGAUCCAGCAGCGGCUUCACAAAGCAGGAGAAAAUGUGGGUGCAUCUAGAAUGCUUUCUGCAUCUAUGGAGCCCAAUCUCGGUGCACCACCUCCAAAACCCCCAAACUGCCAUUGUCCUGGACAAAAUAAGCAUCAAAUGCCUAUGGUGGGUGCUCCUAGAAAGCCGGACUGCAAACAGAGAGCUCCCAGAAUGUCUCCAGCCAUGGAAACUCUCGUAGAGGGGAUAGACAAGAUCGAGAACAUUGAGAAUAACGAGAACAUCGAGAAUAUUGCAAACAUGGGAAACAUCGAGCAGCAACAGUUGGAAAAGAUGGCAAUUGUUGAGAAUGAGCAAAUGGCAAACAACGAAGCAUUCAAAACUGAAGUGACCACUGAGAAGCCACAGAAAGAGGCCAGAUCCAUUGCCAAUGGACGAAAGAGAAAAAGAGAAUUGAAGAAAAUUCUCGAGAGCAAAGCUGCUUGAAGUCUACAUUUCAUACUCUUUUUGUACUUUUUAUAAAAGUCUUUUUUAUAUUUUUCUAAUUACUCAUAUAUUUUACUACGUAUUUUGUGUAAGUAAAUUAAAUAAAUUGUGAAGGAAAAAUUAUCAGAA